AUGUCGGUCCCUGAAACUGCRAGAGCGAUUGUGUCGCAUGAUACCUUUGAGAAUGGAGGAUGGAAGAUGGAAGAGGUUGGCUUGAGACAGCCUGGCGAGGGAGAAUUGUUGGUCGAAAUGGUCGCUACAGGAGUCYGUCACACCGAUGCCUUGAUUGGUGGCAUCCCAGCCGGCGCAGCUCCCAUUGCAUUCUACCCGCGUGUAUUGGGCCACGAAGGCUCUGGAUACGUACGAGCUGUUGGACCAGGUGUCACUGUUGCAAAAUCCGGGGACCCGGUUCUACUGUCCUUUGCCUUUUGCGAGAAUUGUGCAAUCUGUAAAGCUGGCCAUCACUCCAACUGCGUCUCCUUUAAUGAUCUCAAUUUUGGACCUGGCAAGGUCUUCCAGCUAGCUUCCAAAAGCGGCGGCGAGCCCGAAAUCGACGGUACCUUUUUCGGCCAGUCAUCUUUCGCCAACUACAGCAUCGUCAAACAGUGCUCUGUUGUGAACGCGUCGGGACUCGUAAACGACAAGAAGGAUCUGCAGCUCUUCGCUCCUCUAGGAUGCGGUAUCCAAACAGGAAGCKGGACCGUCGUCAACGUUGCAAAAGCCGGACCAUCAGACGCAAUCUGUAUCAUGGGUCUUGGAGGAGUGGGUCUUUCUGCUGUCAUGGGAGCAAAGAUUCAAGGCUGCAGAAUGAUCAUCGGAAUUGACAAAGUUCAGUCUCGCCUCGACCUUGCAAAGGAGUUGGGCGCUACACAUGUCAUCGAUGGUUCCAAGCUUGACGAGGGCAAGACUCUUGUCGAUGUGAUCCGGGAACUCGCAGACGGAGUAGGAUCCACCAUCACAAUCGAUACUACAGGUGCCCCAGUACUCAUGGAUGCCGGCGUGGAGUUCACAAGAAAUCACGGAAUGUACAUCCAGGUUGGAUCACCUCCUUUCGAUUACACGCUCAAGAACUUUAGCGGUUUCGUCAACAUGGUCGCUGGAAAGCAAUGGGUGGGAGCUAUUGAGGGUGGCGCAUACCCACCAGAGUAUGUUCCCAAGAUGAUUCAGUGGUACAGGGAUGGAAAAUUCCCAAUCGAUAAAUUGAUGAAGCUCAUGCCUGCGGCCGACUUCAAUCAAGCUCUUCACGAGAUGCACACUGGAGAAACCAUCAAGCCAAUUCUGACGUGGUCAUGA